UCAACUCGCGACAGUACACGGGAGAUCCUCUGCGCGAAAAUGACACGCGAGUCUGGUUCAGAGGCGCAGUGAUAGCCGAGGGUGGGAAACGAAACCCGAGAAAAACGAGAUUGACAUUUUCCCGAGAAAAUCUUAUCGAGAAUUGGCAGAAAAUUUUUAACAAUAGUUGCGAUCCUAAAUUUUUACAUAAUAGUUUAGAUUACCGUCGUCAGACUGCAACCUGUGGGUCCAUCAUCGUUGAUCUCAAAACGAAAUUCAGAAUUAAUUUAUAGAAAAAAAUCUCGGAAAACCCUCCGAGUUUUCUUCCCUCGAAAAAUGUCCGGCGUCUCGUCGAUUCAUCGUGCAAAACGAAACUGAUGUCUGACAAUUUGAGCGAGUGCAGUGCACCGGGCGUGAAAAUAGAUGGUGAAGAUCGGUUUUAGUGAAAGUGAUGAGUUGGAAAUAGUUGGGUCGGUUGGGUUGAGACCGAGGACAGCUAAACGUUUAGCGAGCACAUUUCGCAAACAGGAAGUAUUAACGUGUUCAUUAACAUCAAAACGACUUAGCCGUUCCAAGUAGGAAGUAGAAAAUAAGGAUUACUCGUCCUGAGUGAAUUUAUAGACAUCGCAGCAAGUAAUUAAUAAACAAGAGGUGAUAGAAUUAUAAGAAAUUCGUAAAACGUAAUAAAGAAAGUGUGAUAAAUCAUGAAAUUCAUCGAAUAUAGGAACUCUUAACACAAUCGACGUAAACAAAUGAAGUAAUAAAAUCUUGAAUUAAUAAACAGGAAACGUACGCAAUUCAUCAAAAGCCACGAGAAGAUAAAAGCAUCGGACUGACAAUUGAAGUAGACACUGUCAAGUCGAACUACUGUCAUUGGCCAAAGGUAUUUGGCAAUCGACUAGGCUCGUCGCACGGGCGCCUGGGCAGCUAAAAAUCCUCCCGGCGCGGCCGUCGAAAGCUAGAAAGCUUCACGCUCGAAGGGUCACUCGGCUCGUAGAAACGGGCUGCGAAAAAGCUGACACUUUUUCGACAAGCAAAUCCAUCGAAUUGGCCGGCGACCAGGGGACGAAACGAACGAAACCGAACAACUCCCACGGAAUCCUCAUAGGCAUCCCGUCUGUAAAAAUAAACCUACGCCUCUCUCGUGUACCAGCCUACUGCGUGGAAACUUUUUUAACGAAUGCGUUGGGAAAAAGUUACAAGAAUAUAGUCCAUCAAAUUCCUAACAAUCUGUUCAUUAUUUAUGAUAGAAAUAUUUCCAGCAAACUGUCUUUGAGAAUGUGACGGUUUAUUUUAGAAUCCUGCGUUCCUACGCGUGUAAAAAAAAAAGUUAUAUAAAAAAUCUUAUAAAAGACGAAACUGCGUGCGGGAAAAAUUGGAAAGAGACAUCAUAUUCAUGAGAUUGGCCCGUCACGUGGCUUAGAGUCAGAAGAGGAUCUUUCAUCGUUCGUCAGGUGAACGAAUUAUGGCGAACACGGAAGCGCAUUGUGGUCGGUUGAAUCACGCGUCGACGUUGCACACAUUAACCGAGACGACGGUGAACGCCAAGAGGAAGUCGCGAACGAACGCUCAAGCACAAGGAUUGUUCAUGGAGCUCGUGGAAAGAGUGCCAAGCUUCUAGCAAUCAACGAGACAAUAACGUUGUUUGUUGAAACCGAUGGCAUUGAACUUAACGAAAUUGCAUAAUCUCGGAAGAAUACUGUGCCAUAGAAAACAGUAUAAAAUAAACAAACAAACAAACGUUUGAAUAAAUGCUUGUUUAAGAAGCAGCACGGAGAUCGAACGAUGUCCUUUUGCAGGAUAACAGGAAGAAGCAGGGGCCUCCCUAAACCGAACUAUUUCCCACUUCUGCCGCCCAUUAGCCCCGCGGAUGCGAAACGUUUCUGCCGCAUCACCGGCAAGUCCUACGGUCUACCGACUCACCAUUACAUUCCAGUGCUGCUGGGCGUUCGCACGCACGACAAGUCGAAAUGCAAAAUAACGAACGCUUCCGGUUUGGGACCCCAUCACUACACUGCUGGAUUCGUGCUCGGCGAGAAGAAGAAGCACGUAAUCCUGAAAGACUAUCGUUACGUGUUUCCAAUCCUGGAAGGCGAGGGGGAGCAGCAGCGAGCUCUAAGGGAUUUAUUAAACACGAAACAUCCUCUCGUCGAGGAGGAACAGUCCAAGUUCGUGUAUACUGUGGAGGAGCGAAGAUGCAGUUUGGUUUUCCCAUCGAGAUUGGAAGCCGCGGUCAGGGACGGCGACGUGAAGGACGUGAUGCUGUCCAGAGACUGCGAUACCGUUCUAUUUCGACUGAAGCAGGGGAAAAAUGUAUCAGUGGACUUUAGAAACUUAGAGGAUUUCGAGAAUUUAUACGACGGACUGGGGCCGAACCAAGAAGUGCUAAAGGAGAGAGAAAGACAGGAGGCAGAGGCUAGAAAACGUAAGAGGAAGCGACAAGCUGGUUUGAAUUAUGCUAAGAAAAUUUUUGAAGAAAAGGAGAGAGCUGCUGAAGAGGAGGAGCUGAAGCAGGCGAAACAUUUGCGGCUGAGAAGCGUCAAAGAAGAAGCCAUAGAAGAAGCAACUGAAAAUUGGAAACAUGUUAAUUUGGAACAGGCGAGGAUCAGAGGCUUCGAGUUGAUUUCCGUCACGAGUCCACUGAAAGGAAUAGGGAAAUCUUUGCCUGAAAUUCUAGAUUGGAAUUCGUUUCAGGAUCAAACGAAAUCUGCCGCGCAAACUGUAAUUAAAAAGCUGCCGAGUCCUAUCAAAAUUAAACCUCAGAUCGUAGAACAGGGCGCGUCGAGCGCGUGCACCAGCCCUGUUUCUGAGAGCACCGGCGGAUUUGAGACGAUAUCAAUCGUGAAGCCAUUGACGCCGCUGAAAAUAGAGCCGGACCCUCUUCUCCAGGCAGCGGUACAAAAUAUUCCAGCCGGCCAGUUGCGGGAAUCGUCGAACGUGAACGCAAAGCUUUUACAAGCGGGCGACGAAGCUUUGGAACAAUUACCGCGGGUCGAGGAGAUCCCGGAACUCGUACGGAACCUCGGGAACGGUAAAGAGACCACCGCGCACAAGAUUAAGGGUCUGAAAUUAGACAUAAAAUCCGCGCAGAGGUUCAUCGUCGGGCAGACGGUACAAACUCCUAGUGGGCCUAUUUUCGUACCUGGCCAGACGCUGCAGACACCUCAGGGUCCCGCGUUCGUUCCCGGUUUCACGGUGAACACCCCCGACGGGCCCGUGCUCGUACCCGGGCAGAUAUUGAACGAGCAAGAUAACAAGGAAGCCGCGGUAUUUAUAGCUGGACAAACUUUGCCCACGGAACAGGGUCACCGGUUUCUUCAGGGACAGACCUUCCACUCGAACGACGGAGCCAGGUUUGUUCAAGGCCAAACUGUAUACACGGAGGAUGGACCGAAAUUCGUUGCAGGCCAAAUUGCAAACGACGGUACAUUCGUGCCUGGUCAGACAAUUCAUACUCCGGACGGGCCGAGGUUCAUGCCGGGUCAGACGAUCACCGAUCAUCGCGGUGAACAGGUGUUCGUCCCUGGACAGAGUGCACAGCUCGGUGAAUCGUGGGAGUUCGUUCCCGGACAAUGUAUCGAGAGUCCAACGGGAGAAUCGAAAUUCGUUCCUGGUCAGACGAUCCAAACCAAUCAGGGGGCGCAGUUCGUACCGGGACAGUACGUGACGAACGACUCUGGAGAAACUUGUUUCGUACCUGGCGUAGUGAAAGACACGGCAGAAGGAUCCACGUUCGUUCCUGGCAUGACGUUGGACACCCCGAAGGGUCAAAAGUUCGUGGAAGGUCAGUUGAUAAAAACGCGGGGGGGUGAAAGAUUUCUGCCGGGGAGAACGUUGAUAACGGAGGAGGGUUUUCAAUUCGCUGCGGCUACGAAGUUCGACGAAGUCGUCUUCCACGACGCCGGGCCUGUCGGCAUACCAGUCGACCCAAAAACUGCCAAUGUUUCCGUACAGCAGUGCGAGAUUUUCGGUCACAUGGUGCAGACUGAAAGAGGCGUAGAAUUUUAUCCAGAGAACGCGAAGAAAUUACCCGAGGGUGGGAGAAUCGUUCCGGGCCAAUUGAUCAAAGGAGGCAAAGACGGUCCCCGUUUCGUACCCGGUGUCAUGACAGAAGAUGGUUUUCUGCCUGGUCAAAUAGUGAUGACAGAGAAAGGAGAACAAUUCGUACCUGGCCAGGUGAUCGACACGAGUACCGGGCCUAAAUUCGUUCCUGGUCAGAUGGUAGAGACUAGAACAGGUGCGAAAUUCGUUCCUGGGCAGACCGUCGACACCGCCGAUGGACCACGCUUCGUGCCGGGUCAAAUCGUCGAGACGAAGGCCGGUCCCACGUUUAUCCCCGGUCAGGUGAUUUCCACGGAGGACGAGGGAUCCAGAUUCGUGCCUGGACAAGUCGUAGACACGGCAGAUGGACCGAGGUUCGUCCCAGGUCGCGUGGUAGAAUCUGGAGAACUCGGAGUGACCUUUGUACCCGGUCAGAUAGUCCAAACCGAGGAAGGUCCCCGUUUCGUGGCUCCAGACUUGACCGACACUCCCGAGGGAGAAGUCGAGUUCUCCGUACAAGGGUUCGAAGUCACCCCUGAAGAGCUGCGACUGCUUAGACCCCAACAUUUGCAUUACAACCCUCACGUUCAACAUCACGGGGAGACCAGCAUAGAUGCGAGGAUGCUACGACAAUUAUCAGAGGCUGGGAUGUCUGUUGGAAGGAAAGUGGCAACCGAUCUGCCAGCUGUGGACGUCGACGUGGACCCGAAGGCAGUAGCUUUGGAACAAGCUUUGAUAAUGGCUGAGAAACUUGGUCUCCACGGUGGAACGGCGGUAAAAAUGGCUCAGAUAGUGUCCACAGUAGCCCAACUAGCGAAGAACGUUGUGAUUCAGCAGGAACAACAAUUAGACGAAGGUUACAUCGAAACGAAAUUAACUAACGGUACCAAAUCUCCUAUAAUUUUAAAUGAAAAUGGAAAUGAGGAAAAAGAAGAGAAUAGAGACUAUCAGAAUAAAGAUUGGUUAAAAAAUGCUGUGAAAACUGCGAUGUCAAGUGCUAUUUUAGCUAUCACUAAUCACAGCAUGGAAAAUAGUAAUGAUUCUAAUAAUCAGGACUUCGUUUACUCCUCAAUCAGCGAGGCUUUCAACGUCCUCCUCCGUCAAGCGAACACUAGCAUCGAUGAGUCAGUAGAGGAAAUAUUACAGAUACUUUUAGUACCUCAGAAUCGCAGCAAACUGUGUCAAACCGCUUUGCUACAAUUAUUAGAGAAUAAAAAUAAUAAGGUGGACCUUUUGAAAUCUACUGUAGUUAGUCGAUCCUUAAAAGACGAGGUGGUACUUAACAGACUGUCGAUGAUUCUCGAGGAAGAAUACGGUACAGAUUUAGUCGGCCCCGCCUUUAGAACUGUUUCAAAGAACGAUCCAAACCUAGUCAGUCGAGUGCUUCAGAAAGUAUCCGCGGAAGUGUCGAACAUCGUCACCGAGAAAGAGGCGGCAGAAACGGUUCACAAGGCAAUCGUCGAAGCCAUCAGAGAAUCCAGCGAGAUUCGCGUGCAGGAACUGUUGAACGACGAAGGCGACAAGGUUCGCGAGAUGCUGCUUCAAGCUGUCGGGUUAGCUAAGGCUCUCGGCAUGUCGAACAUCGCCAGUAGCUUAUUAGCAGUGAUCAGCGACGAGAAGUCGACGCGAGCGUUGGCCAGCGACAGGGUCACUCUGGACGUUCUGAAACGGUUGACGGUAAUGAGAAAAUUAGCCGAAGAGCGACCGCCGUUUAUGCACGCGCUGACUCAAUUAUGCAGCGACCCGGAAUUGGCGAGGACGGAUCCGAGGUUGAGAACUCUGGUGAGAGAAAGCGCUGCCUUGAUGAUAGUACCCGAGGAAGGACCCCUUCAAUCGUCUGCCGACGUGCCCUCGGUUCUGCUUCACUCUGACAACAGUUUGGCUAUCGAAGAGUUUCUUCUUAAACGAAGCCAUAAACCGUUGUCGAUUUUUAUGAUCUUGAAACAAGGCCUGCAGGCUGUGGUACCGCGCGAGGCUUCCCGCUCGGUGUUAACCGGUGAAGUUGCUUACACGGUCUUGGACGAGGAUGGGAUUCAUCACUUCGAGCCGAUGCACGUUUUCUCCGCGCUUCAACUGAACCGUCCGACCGCGCACAGAUUCUCCAUGUACUGUUGCCCGGUGGCGAAAGAAGAGGACGUAGACGUUGAGACCUUCACGGGGACUACGUCGAUGGCCAGCAGCCUCGACGGGUCUGGCACUUAUCAGAAACAGGAGUGUAACGGUGUCGUGAUGUCCGAUAAAUCGUAUGGUCACUCAGGCAGCAGAGAGAAUACGCCGAGUUUCAGAAAACUCAGCAAUUUUCAGCAAGACGAACGGAGAUCAGUGGACAAUUACAUAGUAGUGAAGGAUUACAAGGGUGAGACCGAUGGAUUCUCCGUGAACGUAGGUGACAUCGUCGAGGCACUUGAAUAUUCUGAUCAAUCAAAGAAGAUCAAGCUGGAUCCUGAUCUAGAGAUCGGCGAGAUCGAGGACACGUUGGACAAUUCGGCGGCGUGGCACAAACUGUCUGUUCGACCGCGUAGGAAGUACACGGGUUCCCGUGCUCGAACUACUAUCCCGAGAUCGGCCUCGGACACUAGCCUCCAGAGAGUGUACGUCCGCACGGUAGACGCGAGGGAAGGAUGGCUACCCAUGUCGAUUCUUAUGCAAACCGCUUUAAGCGAGGACACGCUCGAAAGUCGACCGGAGGACGCGAAAUAUCGAAGAGAGGCGGUGGUGAAAGAGCUGGUCGAGACCGAGGAGGAGUUUGGUAGAGACCUUCAGCUGGUCGUUGAGCGUUAUUUGAAGCCCCUUGACAAUCCAGACGUCCCGCGAACCGUGCGCGACAUCAAAGACAUCAUCUUCACAAAUUUUAAACAGAUCGCCGAUUUCCACAACACAUCGUUCGGCAGGGUGUUGAUCGAGGGUGUUAAGUACUACGCGGACCAGCCACGUAUGCUUGGGAAAACCUUCCUGCGACUGGAAAGGGAUUUCGACAAGCAUGUUGCCUAUUGCAGAGACGAACCUGAAGCGCAAGAAUUUCUCCAGAUGAACAGCGCGGCGCGAGAAUAUUUCGAGGAGCUGAGCCAGACUCUCCAUGACGACAAGAGCUUAUCGGAGCACUUGAAGCUUCCGAUACAACGCAUAAACGACUAUCAGCUCCUACUUAAGGAGCUGGUGAAGUAUUCGACCCGACUAGGCGAAAACUGCGACGACCUCCAAAAAGCUUUGGAGUUGAUGCUAGGUAUACCCCACAGAGCUACAGAUAAUAUAUUCAUAAGUAAUAUCGAAGGUUACAAAGGGAAUAUCCAUAAGCUUGGCAGAUUGCUCACGCACGAGUGGUAUACGGUGAUCGACAAGGACGGUAAGAGCAAGGAAAGGUAUCUGUUCCUUUUUAAAGCCCGCAUACUCGUCUGCAAGGUCAGACGAAUUUCAGAAGACAGAUCCGUCUUCAUCCUCAAAGACAUCAUUCGCUUACCUGAAGUAGAACUGAAGGAUCACCCGGAGGACGCGCGAACCUUCGAACUCCACUGUCCAGCGAAUCCCACUUAUCCUAUUACUUUGGUAGCUCAUAAGGACCAAGUGAAGACGUACUGGUUGAAGGAGAUUCGACAGUACGCGAGCGAUGUGUUAGCGCUCGCCGAACACGCUGCCGACGAUCUGCAAUUAACGGAGGUGCCAGAAACGAAGGAAGAAGUCAAAGGAAAUCCAAGUGCAAAGGUAGAAGCAAAUCCGGGGCCCAAGAAGGUUGAGGCCAACCCGGGACCGAAAAAGGUUGAAGGGAAUCCAGGGAAUCCAGGAAAUCCGGGACAGGAGAAAGUCGAAGGAAACCCAGGACCGAAUCCAAAUCCAGGAGAAGAAAAGAGGAAGGAGGCCAAUCCGGGUAAAACUGUAUCUAAGAAAUUAAAAGUUGAAGAAGAAAGCGCAGACAUGUCUCGAAGAUAUUCGUCUAGCCGAUUUAGCAGCUCUUCGAAAGUUGUCGAAGAGUAUUCUUCAGUAUCUAGCAGUCAGACUGCAAUGUCUGCUAGUUACAUGGAGUCAUCGAGCAGCGCGGUGAAAAUGGAGGCCAGUUCUGCUUCCUACAGAGCUGGCAAUUCGAUAGAGACGAGAACCAGCGCAGGAAGAAUUGAGGCUGGAAGCGGAAUUGGAAAACCUGUGUUCACCAAAACAAUCGAAGGAUCCAAUGUCGAACCGUUACCAGAAAAUAACUUGGAAUUGAUACACGCCGUAGCUGGUGAAGCGGCUACCUUCGAGUGUACCCUGUUGAACACCGAUUCGACCACAAGGGUGCAAUGGCUGAAGGACAAUAAACCGUUGGACGACCGAUUGGCGGACCGUGUAACAGCUUCCGCGGUCGGAAAAACGUUCAAACUACAAUUACAGAACGUGAUGGAAUCGGAUUCCGGAAUCUACAUUGCCAGAGCGAUAAACAGCGAUGGACAAUCCACUUGCACUGCUCAGCUCAUUGUUGAAAAACUGUCUCCUGAGGAGAAGAAAGCAAGAUCGGAAGCAAACGCGCCAAUAUUUUUGGUACGGCUGAAGGACACUGAACUCUUGGAAAACACAUAUCUACGUUUCAUGGUGAAGGUGAAGGGAGAUCCUAAUCCCGACAUGAAGUUCUUCAAAGACGACGUUCCAAUCGACGCGAACCACUCACGCAUAAAAAUCGUUACCGAACAAGCAGACAAGGGCUUCUACGAGUUGGUGAUCGCUGAUGUCCAAAAACAGGAUGCUGGAAAAUAUUCGUGUACCGCGAAAAACAAAUAUGGCGAGGCAUCGUGCGAGGCGCAAGUCACCGUGUCCGAUGAGAAGAUGUUGUACCUACCCGAGGGUUUCCUCGAACCGGGAAUGGAGCCUCGGUUCAUGUGGCUGCGGGACGGAAAACAGUUUGACCCCGAGGACCGCUUCAAGGUGUUGUUCAAGGAUGAAGAGGACACGUUGGCUUUGGUGUUCCAGCAUGUGAGACCCGAAGACGCUGGCCUGUAUACUUGUGUCGCCCAAACUAGCUCAGGUAAUAUCAGCUGCAGCGCGGAGUUGACCGUUCAGGGUGCCGUUAAUCAACUCAUGAAAGACCCAGAAAAGCCGAAACUGUGCUCGGAAGCGAGACACUCGGAAGUCAGCGCCGGCGGUUCUGCGAUGCUAGAAUUGCAAAUCAGAGGAUAUCCGAAGCCGGAUAUUAAAUGGACCAAAGACGGCGAGGAGAUCAUUGGUAAAGGUCGAUACAAGUACCUUUGGGAGGACGAGGAGUCCAUGUCGUUGGUGAUAAAGAACGUCACAGCGAAGGACGCCGGCGUGUAUACCAUCAGAGCGAAGAACGAGCUGGGCGAGGAUACAACCCAGAUCGAACUGAUCGUCAAAUCCGCACCGAAGAUCAUCAAGAAGCAAACCGAUUUGUCUGUUCUGGUCGAGGAAACGAUAACGAUGAUGGUGCAGAUCGAGGCCACCCCCGCGCCUGAAGUGAAGUGGUACAAAGACGGCCAGGAGAUUCGAGAGAACGAUCGCGUCAGUAUAAUCAAAGAGGAUAGCGAGACCUACAAGCUGAUAAUAAAAAGUGGUCGGUUGGAUGAUACCGGAUCUUAUUCGAUCGUGGCGCGGAACGACGUGAACCAGACGACGGAGAUUUGGAAGCUGAAGGUGCUCAGCCCGCCGAAGAUAACGAAGGGAAUAGGCGAAGCACAGAUCUUGGACCAAGGCGAGACGUUAACCUUGUCCGUGGAGGUGGACUCUGUAAUGCAGGCUGGUAUCAAGUGGUACCGGGAUGGUGAACAGAUCUUCGAGGAUAGCCGCAUCAAGAUGACUCGAGAGGGCAAAAAGUUCAUCUUGAAGAUUACUGGUAUUGCCAGUGAAGAUGCGGGAGAGUAUAAGGCGGAAGUGUCGUCCGAUCAUGGCACUGUAUCCGACGAUACUAAAAUUCAAGUACGAGGCUUGCCGCGAUUCAGGACGAAGAUGAGCGACGUCACGGUGACGGAAGGCGACAAGGACAUCGAAUUCAAAGUCGAGUUCGACGGAUGCCCGAAGCCGAGCGUCCACUGGUACAUCGGCGAUGUAGAGAUCACAGAGAAGAAGAAGGAGUACACUCGCUCGGAGGAGGGUGACAACUGUACGCUGUUGAUCUCCGAAGCCAAGGCAGAGAUGAAAGGAACGUACACCUGUACGUUAAAGAACGAGUACGGCGAAGUGAAGACCAGCUCGUCGUUGAUCGUGAGAACACGUCCGAAACUGUUGAAGAAGCUGAGCGAUCUGAGAAUCAAGGAGGGCGACACGAUGAAACUGAUAUUCGAGGUGUCCGGUACACCGGAUCCGGAAGUGAAAUGGUUCAAGGAUGGACAGGAAGUGACGGCCGACGCGAGGAUCAAGAUAACGAGGGACAGCAAACGAAAGGAGAGCUACAAUCUAACGGUGACGAUGGUGAAAGGAGAGGACGGUGGCGUGUACGAGGUUCGAGCGGAGAACGAAUUAGGAUAUGUCACCAGCAAGAGCAAAGUCAUAAUAAUGACGAGAACGGAAGAGGUCGAAGAAUUGAAGAAGGAGACUGUAGAAAAGGUCAGCGUCGAUGAGGAAGAAAUGAAGGCGAAGAAAGUCGAGGAGCAGGAGGUCGAAAAGAAUGAGGAACGCGCGGAGGAAUCGGGACCGGAAGGUCGAGUGAGACUGGAGAAACAAAACGUUCAAGUGACGCGUGGCCAGGGUGACACGAUCACGAUUUCCGUGGCCUCCACGACUACCCACGAAGCUAUACUCACAGGUCCCGACGAGAGCCAUACGAUCAGCAAGAUGACCGCGACUAAGGUCGAGUGCCAGGAGUUGAACACGGACAGUCCGGGGAUCGAGGAGAUCGCCACGUACAGUUACACCGUGCAAGAGGAGGCGGUGAACCAGAAACCGCAGAACGGCAUGCUGAUCGAAGAAUACUCCGAGCACAGUGAAGACAAUCCAGCGAAAAUUGAAGUAAAUCGCGGAGUGUCGAUCGUUUCGGUUUCCGACGACGACUCAACUCUGAAGGGUAUUUCGCGCGACGUCAGCACGGAAAAUAUCCAAUGCCCUGAUUUAUCCGAAGAUCAAAAGCUGAUGAAUGGGUCCUACGAAGAGUUCAACGGACGCCUAGCUGACGAGGUAACGCCCGACGAGCCCGUACCCUACAAGCCCUCGUUAUUGACAGAAACGAUAAUCGAGGAACGAUCGAUGGAAGAAUCGUAUCCGUCAGAAAAACCGACGAAGGUAGAUUUGAAGCAGCCGCAGCAGUCGGCUGUCAUCGAGAACGGAACUCAGGAAAGAAGGAAGUCUUCUGUCGUUGAUUUAGAACAACCGCAGAAUGCGACGAUAGAAGAGAGCAAAUUGACGAAGCACAAAGUGGAACGAGUGAAUUCGAUAAACGCAGAGAAGGUCGUCGAGAAGGAUUUAUCAGAAAGUCGUCGAGGAUCCUUGCAGAACGGUUUUUCGAGGCAGAGUUCUAAGAUAGAGAGAAUGGAUUCGACGGAGUCGAAGAAGGUGUUGGAACGGUCGAUAUCGAGGGAGAGCGCAUCGAGGGCUGUACAAAGCGGCGACGAGGAAGUGGACGAAGAGCUCGAGGCUCUUCUAGAUCGCGUUAAACGACAGCGCAGCGUUCUAGGCGAUAUCCUUGAAAAGGAAUCGUCGAGGGAUUCAGCUCCUCCGCAUAUAGUCCACACGACUCUCACCGACAAAACGAUCUACGAGACUCAGACGGUCCUGUUCGAGAUCCAGGCCACCAGUCUGCCGAGGGCCGACGCGAAAUGGUUCAAAAAUGGGAAACCAUUGCGGGCUGGGGAUCGGUUCAGGCUCACCUCCGCUGGAGAGAAUUUCUCGUUAGAGAUAAAGAAGGCGAUCCUCGAGGACGAGGGUGUGUACACGUGUCAAUUUUCCAACAAACUCGGCGAGGCCUCGGCCGAGGGCUACUUGACAGUCAGCACCGUCGACGAACUUCGAAGGCCAAAGUUCAUCGAACCGUUGGAAGACAUCAAUGUGGCCAAAGGAAACUCCGGAGAAUUCAAGGCGAUCUUCACCGCUGAUCCCAAACCCGAAAUGACAUGGUGGUUCAAGGGUGAGGAGAUUCCAAUGGACGACAGUCGGCUGAAGUUCACCGUUGAGCACAAACCAAUAGAGGACAAGCUUACAGAAACAACGGCAAAAUUAAAAGUGCCGAAAUCCACGAGUGACGAUACUGGAGAAUACACAUUGAAGCUGAAGAACAAAUACGGCGAAGCUGAAGCCAGCGCUUUCCUGAAUUUGCUGCUGCGUCCUGAAAUUAGCGAAUUGAAAGACGUUGUCUCGAACGUUGGCGAGUCUCUCACGUGGGAAGCUAUCAUCAAAGGAAACCCUAGACCGGACGUCACGUGGACGAAGGACGAUGGCACGGUUCUCCAACAGGGAGACAGAUUCGAGUUCGAGGAAGAUAAGAGGGAGAACAAAGUCAGGCUCAUCAUCAAAAGCGUCGAGGUCGACGACAAGGGAACUUAUCGAGUAGACGCUAAGAAUUACUUAGGCGAAGCAAACGCUCAGGCAACUUUGACCACGCAUACCGAAACGCCGCUCUUCCUGAAAUCUCUCAACAACGUGGAAUGCAAGGAUCGCGACGAUUUGGAGCUGAAAAUUCGCGUAUCCGGCAUACCCAGACCGACGUUAAUGUGGUUGAAAGAUGAUCGCGAGAUCAAGGAAGACGAUCGGCAUACGAUCACCACGCACGUCGACGGUAUCGUCGACAGCACCUAUUCCAUCAAAACCUUCUCUCAAAGCGACGUCGGAAAGAUCAAGUGUCAAGCGACGAACGUCGCUGGAAGUUCUCAAACAGCUUGCGAUGUGAAGAUGCAAAUGAUCACGCCGAUGUUCGGUGCCACGCUGCCGAAAUCGACGGAAGUCGAUGAGGGUGAUUGUCUAGAAUUGAAAGCGAAGGUUGACGGUAGUCCUAUGCCGGAAAUCGCUUGGUACAAAGACAGCGAGAAGCUCGUCCCGGAUGACCACGUUAAGAUCGAAAUCCUCCCGGACGGCGCUACUAAAAUGUCGAUCGACUGCGUGAAACCGACCGAUUGCGGUGCUUACAAACUGGUUAUUAUCAACCCUACUGGUGAACACUCUUCUUUGUGCGCUGUCGCUGUCAAACCUCAAAGGAGGAAGCCAUCUUUCUCGAAACCAUUGGAGGACACCAAGGCGGUUGUCGGGCAGCCGUUGAAAUUGGAAGCUCAGGUGGUCGCGUUCCCAAAUCCGCAAGUGCAAUGGUUCAAAGACGGCAUACCGCUGCGACAAAGCAAAGAAGUUUACUUCAUGAACGAACCGAACGGUAUGAUCGGUUUGAGGAUCGACUACGUCCGUCCGGAAGACGCUGGCACUUAUUCGAUGACAGUUUCCAAUGCGCUCGGCGAAUGUGAAAGCUCUGCGAAGGUCGAAGUCGAGGAGAAAGAGAAACGACCGGAGUUUGUCUGCACCCUUCAACCGCUGUCCGUCAUGGAAGGUUUCCCAGCGAAAAUGGAGGUGAAAGUUCUCGGGAAACCAAAGCCUGAACUGCAGUGGUUCAAGAAUGGCGAAGAGAUAAUACCCGACGGUCAACGUAUAAAACUGGUCAGUCUACCAGAUGGAACUGAGGCAUUGGUUAUCGAGAACGUGACACCGGAGGACGCUGGAGAGUACCAAGUGAUAGCAGGAAAUACGGAAGGUACUUCCAACUGCAAGGGCACGCUCAGCAUCCUCAGCAAGCUGCAGCCCGACCAAGCGGAAGAGAAGCCCAGUUUCGUGAACCCGAUGCGAGACGUUUACGGUGAAGAAGGCCAGCCAUUGAACCUAUCCGCUUCCUUCAACGGUAAUCCCUUCCCAGACGUGAAAUGGUCCAAAGACGGUGCCCCCCUGGAGACGUCCGACCGCGUAACCGUGACUUGCGACGGAAAGAAAACAGAAUUAGAAAUAAAUCCUUGCGUGCCGAAAGAUGCUGGCGUAUACGAGUGUCGCAUAUCGAAUCCGCUCGGCGAGGACACGACCAAAUCUACGGCCAACGUUCGCAAGGUCUUCCAGGAGCCAAACUUCCUGUUGAGAUUCUCGGAUCUACAACAAGUGCCCUGUUUCGAUGCGAAGUUCCUAGCUCGCGUCAGCGGUGUCCCACGACCGGAUAUAACUUGGUACUUCAAUGACAAGUUGAUCGAGCAGGAUAACGACAAGUAUAAAAUCAAACAGGACGGUGAUGCUUGUUGUUUGUACGUGAAGGAUUGUAAUUACGACGAUUCCGGGAUGUACAAGUGCAGGGCGGUGAACAAGGCAGGCGAGGCUGAAUGCAUUGCCAAUUUGACGGUGGUCGACAAGAUAGGAUCGGCGCAAAAGAUGGAACCGCCGUCGUUCAUGAAGAGGAUCGGCGACUGCGAAUGCUACAGAGGGAUGCCAGCCAAGUUCACGGCCUGCAUCACCGGUAUCCCGGAACCUGAAUUCGAAUGGUUCCGCAACGGUGAGAAGAUAUGGCAGACUGACAGGAUCAGAAUGGAGCAAGAGGGCAGCCUGUUGCGCUUGAUAAUAGUAAACGUCGAUGAACUAGACGCUGGGAAGUAUACCCUGAAGAUAACGAAUCCCCACGGUGAAGAUUCUUGCAGCGCGGAUUUGAUUUAUGAAUCGUUGGAGCCGCGCGCGAAGAAAGCCUUGGGAGAUCAGUACGCCGACUUCGACAAGUAUCGAAAAUCCGGCGUCCCGCUGCCCUUGGCCGACCGACCCAUCAUCAGCAGGAUGAUGGACCGUCACCUAACAUUAUCCUGGAAACCAUCCAUCCCCAUCGGACCCCGAAUCCCGGUGACAUACCAAGUAGAGAUGUGCGAGCUCCCAGACGGCGACUGGUUCACCGCUCGCACUGGCAUUCGUAGCUGCGUCUGUGACAUCCGCAAUCUGGAACCGUUCCGUGACUACAAAUUCCGCAUCCGCGUGGAGAAUAAAUACGGAAUCAGCGACCCGUCACCGUUCGCACAAACCUAUCGCGCGAAAUUGGAACCUGAACCACCUAAGUUCUUCCCAUAUCUGCCACCCGGCAUCGAUUUCCGUCCGGAGACUAGUCCGUAUUUCCCGAAGGACUUUGACAUCGAACGACCGCCCCACGACAACUACGCCCAAGCUCCGAGGUUCCUUCGCCAGGAACACGACACGCAAUACGGCGUGAAGAAUCACAACUGUAAUUUGUUCUGGUUCGUCUACGGUUACCCGAAACCGAAGAUGACUUAUUUCUUCAAUGAUCAACUGAUCGAGUCCGGCGGCAGAUACGACCAGAGUUACACUAGGAACGGGCAAGCUACUUUGUUCAUUAACAGAAUGCUGGAGAGGGACGAGGGAAUAUACGAGGCGGUUGCUACUAACGAGCACGGCGAAGCUAGGCAAAAAGUGCGGCUGCAGAUAGCCGAGUAUCCGACGUUCAUCCAAAGACCGGAAGAAGCUAUCGUGAUGAUUAGGAGAACCGGACAGCUGAUGGCUCGCGUCACCGGUGUUCCCUUCCCGGAGAUUAAAUGGUACAAGGAUUGGAAGCCUCUCACCUCUUCCUCGAGAAUAAGAAUCGAGUUCCACGAACCGGAUACAACCAUUCUGAUAAUUAACGACACAAUUGUGAAGGACGAAGGUCUGUACUCCGUGAGCGCAAGGAACGUGGCCGGUUCCAUUUCCUGUUCGGUGAUGCUUCACGUGGAGGAGAACGAGAUGGAAUACGGGUACAGAACGUACAGAAGGAAGUCAGACAUCAGACCUCGUCGCGACAGACCGUACAGCGACCUGUACGAUCUCGGCGACGAACUGGGUCGCGGCACCCAGGGCGUCACCUAUCACGCCGUGGAGAGGAGCACCGGAAAGAACUACGCGGCCAAGAUAAUGCAUGGAAAGGGCGAGCUCAGGCCGUUCAUGUACAACGAGAUAGACAUAAUGAACGACUUGAAUCACAGGAAGCUGUUGAGGCUGCACGACGCUUAUGAGACCGAUGUAUCUGUCACGUUGGUCAUGGAACUAGCUGCUGGUGGCGAUCUGGUAGACACUUUGACGAAGCAGGCCUAUUACACCGAAUCGGAGAUCGCUGGUUAUAUCAGACAACUACUGUGGGGAUUGGAUUACAUGCAUAAUAAUCAUUACGCUCAUCUUGGAUUAACGCUCGGAGAUCUAUUGAUCUCGCACACGGGUGGCGAUGAUCUGAAGAUCUGCGAUUUCGGCCUCGCCAGGAGAAUAACACCGACGAAGCUGAUGACAUUGGGGUACGGCAUGCCCGAGUACGUCGCGCCGGAAGUGACCAAUAACGAAGGAGUAUCGUUCAGCACGGAUAUGUGGAGUGUAGGAAUCAUUACGUAUAUCCUGCUCUCGGGAAUCUCACCGUUCCGGGGUAACAACGAUCGAGAGACGUUGAUGAAGAUCAGGGAAGGAAAGUGGGAUUUCGAUGAUCGCUGGAAAAACAUUUCCGAGGAAGCCAAGGAUUUCAUUCGUUCGCUGUUAAUGUAUAACUGCGAGAGGCGAAUGGAUGUCUCGACUGCCCUCGCUCAUCCUUGGCUAACGUAUGCGGAUAGAUCUCCGACCGAUUUGUACAAAAUCCCGUCGGAGAAUUUGAAGAAUUAUUACAAACUCUAUCGCGAUUGGUACAACAACGCUUCCUGCAGGACAUGGUUCCGCAGACGCAAGCUGGAGACGGCCUUCGAACACCCAUCGAGAAUGGUUUAUCCACCUGGCCACAAAUAUACUCCUGAGCCAAGUGACGACAGGCCGUACACUCCCAUAAAGAGACCUCCGCCUAAAGGUUGGGAAAACCAAUACCCAACGAGAGAACCGAUCGACACGGAGAUUGGCAUCAUCAAGAGUGAGAGUCACUACCAAAAUGGACCGGACACCUAUCUCCUUCAACUUCGGGACACGGACUUCCCUGUUCGUCUACGCGAGUACAUGAAAGUUGCUUGCAACCGUAGCCCCGGAUUCUCUCGUACCAUUGCCGAUGAAAACUUCGAUUGGAGGACGCCUAUUAUAAGGGAACGUCGUCGUUUCACUGACGUUAUGGACGAAGAAAUCGACGACGAGAGGCGAGCGAGGAUCAAUAGAUACGGUUCGCCGGAUACCUUCACCUUGAGGCGCUUGAAACACGAAUUGGGAACCCGUUUGGACAGUUACGCGGAGGCGGAGGCAAUGUUGGAGUCGAAGAAAGAGGGACACCCGCCAUUCUUCCGUGAAAAGCCGCAGAUCAAACCGAUCGAGCCCGGAAAGCCCGCGUAUCUGGCUUGUUUAGCUGUGGGCAGCCCUAAACCGGUGAUUCAGUGGUACAAGAACGAUUUGAUGAUUCAGGAAACCCAUAGAAUAAAAGUGACCGAGGACCAGGAUGGCCGAUCCAUUCUUAGUUUCAACCCGACGAAGGAACACGAUGUAGGAAGCUACAAAGUCGUAGCGAGAAACACCAUAGGGCAAACUGUGGUCAGAACGAGAUUGGUGGAAGCUGUCGUCCCCUCGGGUCCUGACUCGCCUGACCUUACCGAAGUUUCGGACACGGAAAUACUCCUGAGAUGGAAGCAACCAAAGUACGAUGGUAACUCCCCUGUGUUAUGCUACAAUCUCCAGUACAAGGAAGCCGACACGCUCGAAUGGAUAGACGUUGGCUCGAACAUCGACCACGAGUUUUACCUGAUGAGGGAUUUAAAACCAGACACGAGUUACAUUUUCCGUCUCGCGGCACGGAAUCGCAUCGGCUGGAGCGCACACGGUAUUGCCUCAAAGCUGAUCAAAACCAGGCUUCCAGGUUGCCCGAAGGUACAGAUCACGCGGGCGAUGAGACACCUUCAGGAAUUAACCGAAUCGGGUCAAGAGAUAGUCCUAGAAGAGGACAAACCGCACAUGGAUUACUCGAUCGAGGAGCACCCGUUCGAGUGGAGCACAGAGACGAAUCUCACCAGCAAGUACAGCUUCAUAUCCGAGAUCUGGCGCGGUCAAUUCUCCGUUGUAGCGAAGGGCGUCGACAAAAGCACAGACCGCGUAAUAGUCGCCAAGAUCAUGGAGCUAAACACAGAGACGGAGAAACAGGUGAACAGAGAAUUCGACGCGCUACGCUCGUUGAGACACGAGAGAAUAGUGUUGUUAGAGGCGGCAUACAAGUCGCAGGGAUCGCCGAUCGCGGUAUUCAUCUUGGAAAAGCUUCAGGGUGCCGACAUCCUCACGUACUUUUCAAGUCGGCACGAGUACACGGAGAAUUGCGUGGCUGUGGCCAUCUCGCAGAUAUUGGACGGUCUUCAAUAUCUCCACUGGCGAGGAUACUGUCAUCUGGACAUUCAACCCGACAAUGUAGUGAUGUCCACUGUCAGAUCUGUCCAGGUGAAACUGGUCGACAUGGGUGCAGCGAGGCUCGUCAACAAAUUGGGCACCUCGGUGCCGAAGGCUGGCCAUCCGGAGUACAGAGCACCGGAAGUGUGGAACGAAGAACCGGCCCAUCCUCAAACGGACGUAUGGAUGGUCGGUGUUCUUAUGUACGUCCUACUGUCUGGUAUCUCGCCGUUCCGUGGGAAGGACCCUGACGAAACGAGACAGAACAUUCUGUUCGUCAGAUACAGAUUCGAGUAUCUAUUCAAGGAAUUGAGUCAGGAGGCGACCAGGUUCUUUAUGUUGAUCUUCAAACGGGCACCGCAUAAAAGACCAUUGGUGGAGGAAUGCCACGAACACAGAUGGCUACAGCUCUCGGACUUCAUGAUCAAGAAACGCGAGAGGGCCGUGUUUCUGGGUAACAGGCUGAAAGAAUAUAACGAGGAAUACCACGAGGAAAAAGCUAAAAUAGCGUCCGAUCAGCAAAGUCUGGCGACCGAGAGUCUGUUUGGGUCUACGCAGAAAUUAAUUAGAUCGACUAGCAUACAAGAAGAGCUGCUCACCACGUUUUAAUGAAUAAAGCUACUUUAAUUAAGCCGAUGAUUUUCCAAUUUUCUUCACGCGACCGUAACGUUCCGCGUGUCUAGUCAGUCUCUCGAAGGACAAGGAAGAGUAACCGAAAAACAAUGGAGAAUCGUAAAAACCUUUCCUUGUUCUCUCUUUUGUUAUUAUUUAUUUGUUACUGUCGAUUGUUUUAACGAGACAUCAUCAGCCGCUCAUAUGUACGUUACGCCACAGACGUACCGAUAAGGAACGAGGGAUAGGAUAAUGAGUAUUGAAAUAUAACGCUGGAUAAAUCAGAUUUUAAACAAGUCAAGGUACAAAUCGGAACCUUUGAAAUUGUACAAAAGCGAUGGUUAUAUAAUAACGAAAUAAAAUAUUAAAUAACUAUAA